AUGGCAUGGUGGCCAGGGUCGUCGUCCACGACGGGCGCGCCUUCAAGGUCGGCGACCAAGAUCGAAGACGAGAGAAGGCUGAUGGAGGAAAUCGAGAGGCGCUGGAGGAAUCACCCUCUCAACCGCGGGAAUAUCAAGCGCGGUCCUCGUGACAACGGAAGUGCCUCCUUUGGCAGCGGAUGUUUGGUCCCGGCUUGUCCCUGGGACGAGCGAGCCCGGCAUCCUCAAGCUCUACUUGGGGGUUGAACGGACAGAGAAUGAAGCGUACGACGACGAGUUCUUGAGACGGCUCAUCCAGCCGAGCUUGGGAUGGCGGAGGAAGUUCUAGCUAUGGACGUGGAGGCAGUGUCCUACGACUUCGCACACUACAUGCUGCACCUUGAUGCCCAGGACAUCGAGCUGCAAGUAGGCUCUGGCGGUUGCACGUUCGUGCUAGAUUUCUCGGAGGUCAAGGAGUUCACCAGUCCAGCCAGUGCAGCAAAAGAAAUGGUUAGGAACCAGAAAUUCCUGCCCACGGGAGCUCUUGGCGAAGAAGAGGUGGGCUACAAGCUAUGGACCAAGUUUUCUCGCGGGUACGAAGCUCUUGCGCGGGCUGCUGGAGUUCUUGACAAAGCCCAGAAAUUCCUGGCUGUUCUGUGUGACGAAACGCGACGACUGAGGCUUGCUUGACUUUCUAGUCGGCAGCAUCCUUGUGUACAUAGAUCUGAUAGCGCAGGGAUCGAAUUCGGCCCAUCGGACAAAGCUGAGUCUGAAACAUACUUUUCAUUGUACUUUAUAGACAUACGAGUGUGGGAAGAUUUCUUCCUUUUCCAAUCUCUCUCAA